AUGGCGCAUAAGGCGAAGAAGGAUAGGGCUAAGUCCAACGCGGCCGCCCUGAACAACCUUCACAUUGGUUCCGCUGUCGUCAACAUUGGCUUCCUUCUCUUCCAUUUUCUCUUGAGGUCGCGGUCUUUGUUUUGGUUCUUCCUCCUUUCCGCUCCUGCCUUGAUCUGCGAGUUUAUCCUGGAGAAUACCGGACGCCCCAAGUACGAUGUGGGAGGAAGUUUGAAGGCGUCAGGCGAGGACCUCGGAGCCGCCGGCUUGACCGAGUACAUGUUCGACGUCAUAUGGGUUACCUGGGCCUCUGUAUUUCUUGUCAUUCUGUUCGGCAACUGGGGCUGGCUGCUGUGGCUUGCUGUCCCUGCUUAUGGCGUCUACGCCGGUGCUGGUCUUCUUGGAGCUGGCAAGAGAAUGGCCCAGAUGCAGGGUGCGAACAACGAGGCCCCUGCUCCCGUCAACCGCCGACAGCGCCGCGCAGCAUAG